AUGUGAAAGUUUCUCUUACUUUGGCUCCACUUAUAAAAGCAGGAAGCAUCAUAAAGCAAAUCUGUCAACUCAAAAGUUAAAAAACACCACAUGUGCACACAAAUCUUGACAACAAAAUGAGUCAGCAUGAGAUUAGUUUGCUGUAAUUGACCAGACAGCUAAAAGAAGACAUUUACAAUACCUUUCAAGCAAGAGAAAAAGGCAUCAAAAGAAUUUAGAAAAUAAAGAACAUGCACUGCAUUUUGAUUUUAGAAUAUUUCAAAUUUCAAUCAACAAAAAGAUUAUUAAAAACACUCCCAUCUUCCUGCCAACCUUUUUCUUCUUGAUACAAAAGAAAAUUCUAAAACAGCAUAUGCAUGACCUUUUUUGGUUAUUUCUGAUGACCCAUAGCUGACUCAUGUAACAAUCAGUUAAGAGUUUAAUCAACUCCUCUGCAAACACCUAUAUAUAAUGCUACAAGGAAUGUUCUUAAAACAUAAACCAAACUUAAAAUAUUUCUCACAUACCUUCACAAUACAGCAAUAUUCCACCUCAAAAUCAGAAUCACAAUGAAGAACUUGCUCCAUGGAAAUUUGGUGGGUAUUCCCAUGAGUUCAGCAGUAUGCUCACUUGAAAGGCAGCCAAAAAGACUACUUGCCCUAUCUGCUUGUGAAGACCACAUCGUUUCAUAUGCAACUUCAACGAACUUAACUCAAAUAAAACAAAGAAAAUAUGUCAUUGGUAAGAUGAACAAAUUGGGAGCAAGGAUAGAUUGUCUUGUACAAAGCAUCCGUGAGCAUGUGAGCCUAAGCCCAAAAUUAACAGAAACUUUAAAGGGAAAAUUGAGCCUUGGAGCAAAAAUUCUUCAAGUAGGAGGGUUGGAGAAAAUAUUCAAGCAGAAGUUUAGUGUUAGAGACGAUGAAAAGCUAAUGAAGGUUUCUCAAUGCUAUUUGUAUACAACAGCUGGUCCAAUGGCAGGCCUCCUCUUCAUCUCUACUGCUAAGGUUGCUUUCUGCAGUGAGAGAUCAAUAAAGCUCUUAUCUCCAACUGGAAAGUUGCUUAGAAUCUACUAUAAGGUAUCGAUCCCGAUAAGUAAGAUAAUGAAAGUGAAAGAGAGUGAAAAUAUGAAAAAGCCAUCACAGAAGUAUAUACAGUUAGUUACACAGGAUGAUUUUGAGUUCUGGUUUAUGGGAUUCCUCAAUUAUCAAAAGACUCUGAGAUAUCUGCAGCAGGCAAUCUCAAGCUCAAGCAAGUUAUGAAGAUGACUUUUUUUCCUUUUUUUCAUUUUGUUUUCCAAUGAGCUCGUUCAUCAAUGUAAAACGCUCAUGUAAAAACGAAUUGAGAGAUCUGUUGAAACUUGUAACAAGAUCCAUUUUGCUCAAAGGAGGCUUUAGGUUUAAGCUUCGUGCCUUAUGAGUAAAUGUGAAUGUACAGACUUUAAUUUUUUAUUUUUUUGAAACUGGUAACUUAUGUAUAGACUUAUUUAUCUUUUUUUGAGAUAGUAAGAGAUGCAAAUGUAUAGACUUAUUGCAAAACUUAUGCAAAUAGAUUGGUUUUUCUUAUAGAUUCA